UAUGGCCCCCAUUGUCUGUAGUUUGCCAACACAACGUGAGCUAAUUUAAGUAAGUACUGUUGAAAUUGUUUGUGAAUGGAUCUGGAUUAAACCCAGGAUACAGAGUUAUGAGCACUUUACCGGGCUCACUUUAUUAUCCAGAGGGAAAUGUUGACGGGGAUUCAAUUAAAAAAAAAAUAUCCCGUUCAGAUAUAGGGGACCGAAUUCCCCAAAUAAAUGCCAUAAUCUGGAUUACAUUUGGUACAAACAUAUUUGAGAUUACAAUAUUCACCACUGUCGGGGCCAGGCAAACGGAUGGUCCUUUACUAAAAAGGAGCUCUAUCUCUCGUGAAUUUUUUUCAACUGAUUUUAUUGGGACAACUUCUAAAUUUGAACUUUGCUCUUUACCCGAAGAAGUUGUAAAGGAAAGUUAUUUCAGUGCUAAUUUAAAAAGUCACCUUAUAGAACGAGUACCCCGCUGGGACCCCCUCCCUACCGGGGCCCCAGUUCACCGGGGCCCCCAGCCCACCGGAGCCUUUAUUUCAACUUUCAAGGUUAAUGUCUUGGUAUUUUGUUUAGAUUUUUUUACGAUUGAAAUUUUGAUGACAUUAAAAAGGCAUUUUUUACAAGUUAAAAUAUUUGAGAGGUAUAAAAUAAAUUAUGGAAUUUUCCAAGCAAGUUCUAUAUAUAUGAUGAAGAUGAUGACUAUUGAAUACUUUUAUACCGCCUGUGUACAUGCUAUUUAAGCAUGCCCACAGCACUCUGAUGUCCUAAAAUCUAUUGAAAGAAAAAAAAGUCUUUAAAUAUUUCUGCAAAUGAUUUUUUUUUUCAUUUUCAAUUUCCCUCAAAGAAUGAGUCAAUUUGUUCCAUAAUUUAGGCAUUAUAGCUUCAAACGAGCACACUCCGUACGACUACUUCCUGUGUCCAUCCACACUGGGAACUCUCUCCAAUCUUAGUUGAAGACGAACCUGACCCAUGGCGCAUAGAUGACAGAAACAUGCCUUGACCACGGAAUUGAUAAAGGGAUUCUCAACUUUUACUGAUGCGAUGCCAAGCUUCCGAAGAUUGGCGUCCGAACCAUACAUAAUUGACCCGGUCUUAUCUCAUUUAAUCUAAGUCUGUUCGAUGACGUGCAUUCUUUCACAACAAGACAGCCAACCUCGAUAGCCUGAACGGCAGCAUUACAGUCCAAAGUAUUAGGGUAAACCAAUUGUACAGUUCUAGUCAUCCGCAAAUAAUUUGCAGGAUAUAUGACUUUCAAUAAUUCUGCCGAGCUGGCUAGUGUACGUGGAGAACAGAAUAGGUCCUAAAACUGAGCCCAAAGGCACGCCGCAGGAAACGGAAGUGUCCAUGGAAGAUGCCUGCUUCACUGCAAUACGUUGAAUCAGAUAAGAAGAAAACCAGUCAAGUGCAGUUCCAGAGAUGCCUGCCUCAUUCAGAGGUCUUGACAGAAGUAGCUCAUGGUCAAUCACAUCAAAAGCAGCACUGAGAUCCAGCAGGACCAAUAGUGUCAGCUCGCCGCGGUCAGUACUAAAGAACAUCAUUCAUGACACGGAGUAGUGCUGUCUCACAGCUGUGUCCCGGUCGAUAUGCAGAUGGGAACUUAUCAAGUAGGUCAUAAGUAAUAAGAUGCUGCACAAGCUGCUGUGACACAACUCUCAAUAAUUUUAAAUUCAAAGGGCGAAUAUUCUUGCAGUCAUUUGGCUCCAGGCCACUUUUUUGUUUAAAGCAGAGACUUAACGACCGCCGCCUUGAAGAAGCGUGGUACUGUGAGCAGAGUAAAAGCAACUGACUAUAAACAGUGUUCACCAGUACAGGAAGCAUGAUUUCCAGACAGUCCAAAACAAUCUUGGUUGUGAUGGGGUCAACAAUAGAAGAUGCAGGUUUAGAUACCAUGAAUAUAUAUGUCUCAACUUUUCAUGGGAGACUAGAGAGAAUUCUACAAUGCAGACAAAUCACAAAGUGCCCCGAAUAUUUUCACGUAGAUAUAAAGAUUAUGAACGACUUAAUGUAAUUAAGAAUGAACAUUUUAUUAUAAUUUUAUGGAUUGCUAUACUUUCCUGGGAAUUUCCCCCGCAUUGGUAAAUAUAUCAUUUAGAAGUUUCUUGAAGUUUCUACUUUAUUCAAGAGCGUUCGAUUUAUUAAUAUGGGGCUUAAAAUUAUACAAAUAUCUUUUUCAUGUUCCUUAUGUUUCUUUAAGUCUCUAUGUUUGUCCUCAAAUUUUAUGAAAUUAUAUAUAUAUAAGGUAUUUUUGAAGUUUCUAGAAAGGUCCAGAUGGGUUUAGGAGGCUCUUCGAUGUAUUUUCUUUAAAGAUGGGCAAAUUAGAAUAAUUAGGUAAAUUGUUACAUCUUGGUGAACAAAACCUUCCCAUAAUUCCUUUAAAAUAUCGAUGGAUUUCAAACUAAUAAGCCAUCUUUUAAAAGUUGUAUUCCUCUUCAAAUCAUGGUUUUUAGCUGUGCCCAGAUUGAAUAUUAACUGAAAUUCAAUGUUUACAAGAGUUAUUUAUAAAUUUUGCUCUUUUUAAGGCUCAAUUUUAAAUAGGUACUUUAGGGAAGUUUUCUCCUGGGUACGCUUUAGACUUUGUUCCCGAAUACAAACCCGGCCAAGCCGGGGUAUAUUAGCUAGUUAACUAUAAAUGCUAAAUGCGGAUACAGUGUGCAAUAAUGUUCUUUUUAAUGUCAUGUGCAUGAGAAGUCUUGACAUUUUAUCUUUUUUAAUAAAAAAAAAUCUUUCCUGUUCUCAAGUGAGAAGUUUCUGUCUUCAAUAAAAUUUAGAAGGAAAGCCAAUUGUUUAGUCACACAUUCUAGUUAAUGUAGCUCGUUGCUGGGGGAAACUGGAAUAGUCUGAAGUGUCCUCAACGUGCUGACCACUUUCAGAAACCACAAGCUUCUGAUCUAUAAGCGAGCGUGACCAACGUCUCAGAACUUAGGAGAGUCCUGCACUCGCUACAGUCAUGGCGGAUGCCUUUUCUGAGCCACCUAUUCGAUUCCUAGGUGAGUGGGUUACCUGGGAUAAUAAAAAUUCACAUGUAUUUGGGAUACUCAAAUUCAUAGGUAAAAGGGUAACUCGAUCCCAGAUAAGAGGGUUACUCGACGAUAGAUUAGAGGGUUACUCGAUCCUAGAUAAGAAGGUUACUCGAUCCUAGAUAAGAGGGUUACUCGAUCCUAGAUAAGAGGGUUACUCAAUCCUAGAUAAGAGGGUUACUCGACCCUAGACAAGAGGGUUACUCGAUCCUAGAUAAGAGGGUUACUCGAUCCUAGACAAGAGGGUUACUCGAUUUAUAGAUUCUUCUCCGUAGCAUUUCUAGCAAGCAGCUUCUGUAAAUGAAAGUAAGUGCAAAGAAAAACUCUCAACCCACUGCUUCAAUAACAGGAGAAUGGUUCGCAAAUGGCAAAUUGAUGUCAAAAUGUUGAGGAAGCUCAUCACGGGGUUUUGCGUAUAAGAUUACCCCGGAGAUAGUUUUCAGCUCCAGCAUUAACUAACUUAAAUAAAAUUUAGUGUUUAUUCUUAAAAUCCUUUGUUAAGCUGAGCGCCUCUUACAUUAUUUCAUUGAAAUCGUCAUUUGCGCCUCUCCUAUGAACGCAACAGACGCUUUGAAUGGUGUUUUCUGAUUGGCACUGCUUGACUCAACCAUGGACAAACCGUGCUAUUUUUUAAGUCAACACAAGUUUCAAAUGAGCUGGGUCUCUCCUCUCUUCACAGCUUUCGGCAUCGCUUUCGGAGAGGCAGUGUACAAUGAGUUCCGUGACAUGCGCGACUACUUGGACAUCGUUGGUGGCUUGUUCAUACUGGCCCACAUGGCCAGCAAGAUCUUGAGUGCGGUAAGUAUGUCCACAAUGGCCCACAUCACCAGCAAGAUCUUGAGUGCGGUAAGUAUGUUCACACUGGCCCACAUCGUCAGCAAGAUAUUGAGUGCGGUAAGUAUGUUCACAAUGGCCCACAUCGUCAGCAAGAUAUUGAGUGCGGUAAGUAUGUCCACACUGACCCACAUCACCAGCAAGAUAUUGAGUGCGGUAAGUAUGUUCACACUGGCCCACAUCACCAGCAAGAUCUUGAGUGCAGUAAGUAUGUCCACACUGACCCACAUCACCAGCAAGAUCUUGAGUGCAGUAAGUAUGUUCACACUGACCCACAUCACCAGCAAGAUCUUGAGUGCGGUAAGUAUGUCCACACUGACCCACAUCACCAGCAAGAUCUUGAGUGCAGUAAGUAUGUUCACACUGACCCACAUCACCAGCAAGAUCUUGAGUGCAGUAAGUAUGUUCACACUGACCCACAUCACCAGCAAGAUCUUGAGUGCGGUAAGUAUGUCCACACUGACCCACAUCGCCAGCAAGAUCUUGAGUGCGGUAAGUAUGUUCACAAUGGCCCACAUCGCCAGCAAGAUCUUGAGUGCGGUAAGUAUGUUCACACUGGCCCACAUCGCCAGCAAGAUCUUAAGUGCGGCUCUCGUAAAUGUUAGGUCCAGAACUAUCUAGAAAACACUUAGCACAAAAAUCGCUUCAAAGCUGCUCCUCUCUCUGAGGACUCUGUUCAAAAUUACGACUUACACUCAAGAACUCGACAGUUUUUCAUACCGCACAAAUUAAAUCUUGCUCCAGACUCAUUUUAAGGAACAACGAAAAACAUCAAACAUGGAUUUUCAAGAUUGAAACAAAAUAUGUACGAUGAGUGAAAAAACCCACUAAUUUCCAUUUAUUUUGACCAAUAAAAGUAUCUUAUCUAAUAUCCAUCUCAUCUUAUCUUAUAGGGCAAUGGUCAAGCCAUGGCAAUGGGGGCCAUGGACGCUCUGAUAUUUCACCUGAUCGCCUCCCUGGCAGUCCCUGUCGUGGUGACUCGGUUCGUCCUCAGGUAAUCAACCGUAAGAUGACAUCAGAUCAGCUGGUUUUAUUUUUGUAUAUCUGUCCAUAAGAUCUGAGAUCAAUUGUGUAUAAACUCCUAGUACUUAAGUCUUAUUGAAAGCUAUUAGAUACAAUCUGUGCCACACCUUAAAUUAUUAAACAGUAAAAAUAAAUAAAAUAAAUACAAUUUAAUAAAAUUAUAUUUAAAACAUUGCAAUAAAUACAAUGCAAUAAAUACAAUGCAAUAAAUAUCAGAUGUUGGGGCGAAACAACUCCAGCUAUUUCUAACAUUUAGAAGUAACAUUAUACAGGGAAACCUAAAAAUAACGAACCUUGAAAUAACGCUGGCUUUUGCGCUAACUCUACCCGGUACGGGAUGAUUUAUUUAUACUAGUUGAGGGUUUGCGUUAUUUGAAGGUUUCACUGCAAAAGGCAGUGCUAUUUUAAGAGCUCAGUAUAAGAUUUAAUAUUUAAUCAUAUAAAAUCAGAUUUCUUUCUCCUUGAUAAUGUUAGAGUUAAACAUGGCAUAUUCUAUUGAUAGUUAAGUUAAAAAACACAUGUCUGAUGUGUGUUAAAUUAUUUGUUCAAUUUUAAAAAAAAUUGUUUGGUACUUAUUUGUGUGUGCACAUUUUUUCAGCUCUCAUAGGACGAAUGUGUAAAACAGUCAAAUGUGUUGAUCUAGGUUAUCAUUUGUGUGUUAGUAAACAAGGUAGUGAUACAUUCUACCCCCACACUCGCACACACAUAAUAUACGCGUACACACACGCACACAUAUCUACACACACAUACAUACACACGAGCACACACACAUACGCACACACACAUACACACUUCCACAAACACAUGUAUACAGACACACAUACACACACACACGCGCGCACACACAUACAAACACGUGUAAACACACACACAAAGACGCAGACAAAUAACCAACAACACAAUAUGACGUCAGCACUUGCUAUAUUUCUUAUUCUCUUCCAAAAACUCAGAAUGAGUGCGAAUUUCAUCCGGGAACUCCGCCUCGGGCGUGCGAUUGUCCGCUACGCCCCGAUGGUGUUGACCAUGUGCGUGGUGGUACUGAUGUCAGUCCCAGUGGACAAUAUCGUCAACAAGUUGUUGGACGAAACCGUCAGGAAAAUGUCCAAAUAAAAAGAACAUGUGCGCAUCUCAGCUGAAUAGCCAUCGGAAACAUUCUCUGGAUAGCCGUCAGGAACAUUUUUGUGGAUAGCCAUCAGAUAAAUUAUGUGGAUAGCCAUCGGAAAAUUCUAUGUAUAGGCGUCAGAAACAUUUUGUGGAUAGCCAUCAGAUAAAUUCUGUGGAUAGACAUCGGAAACAUUCUAUGGGGGAUUCAUCUCUUUCAAUUCAAAGAGCAAAUUCUGCAAGUGACCUAAGAAAAUCUACAGAACAUUUCUGAGAAACGUAUACAAAGCUUGAGUAUUUAUUUUGAAUGUUGAGAUGGUUUUUUCCCCUAGCUAACUCCUGAAUCAAGAUAUGUACUCACCAGUCGGUCGC